AAGGCUCUCCGGUCACACGGUCCUCCACCGAGCCCCGCGCAGUCUGCUCCCGGGUCUCCACGGACGCUCCGCUGUCUGGAUAUCGGAGCCGCUUUUUCUUUUCUUUUUAUUCCUCUGGAUUAUAUUCUUCUGAUGGUUUUCAACUCCAACCCGAUGCAUAGAAAUGGGUAAACUGCACUCGAAACAUGCCGCUAUUUGUAAACCGAGGGAGAGCCCAGAAGGCGACAGUUUUGUAGUCAACGCCUGUUUGGCGAGAAAGGGCAUCGACGACUGGCUCCUGAAGCAGAAAUACUACUGCACGAGCGCUCCCCUCGAGCGACGGGACUGUCACCGCGAGGAUAGCUGCGGGUCGGCUGCACGGCAGGAUGCCAUGGACGAAGCAUGUGCAGAGAGGAUCGGGGAUGAACACUACCGUCUGGAAGUGGCUUUACCCCCAGAGAAGUCUGGCAGAUGCUGCGUGGAGGAGAAGAUGCAGCAGAGGGACAGCCAAUCACCCGCAGGGGCGCAGAAACCGCUCCAGUUUGAAGAGCUUGAGUGCGCCGUCUCCGUGGAGGAGGAUAACCGGCAGGAGUGGACCUUCACGCUCUACGACUUCGACAACAGCGGCAAAGUCACCAGAGAGGACAUCACCAGCCUGCUGCACACCAUCUACGAGGUCGUGGACGCCUCCGUCAACCACUCUCCCAGCAGCAGCAAGACGCUGCGGGUGAAGCUGUCGGUGGCUCCCGACUCCAGCCAGCGUUGGAGGAGUUGCACGCAGGGCGCGGCAGACAUGUCCCAUCCCAGGGAGAAAAACGACAAGUGCAUAGAAGAGAAGAGUGCGGACAAGAAGACUCGAGCCCUCUUAAGGCGCCACCACACUGACCACCACACCCAGCCGGGCUGCCAGCGCCACUGCGUGGAUGAGAACCUGGAACGCAGGAACCACUACUUGGACCUGGCAGGCAUCGAAAACUAUACGUCCCGCUUUGGAGCCGCUCCCACCCCAGAGCCGACGAAAGCGGAGCCUCAGAACCGCUCGUCCAACCAGGCCCGCUCUCGCUCCCACGAGCCGGAAAAUGGCCACGCCCACUCCCACCACCACCGCCGCCUACAGACUGUUGUGGACGCGGUGGCCCCCGUCAGCCUCCACCCGGCCCGCACGCGAGUCCAAGACUCGGGCAAACACGCCCUCCGCUCUCCCAAGACCCACGGCCGCGCACCCCCCGCGCAGACGGGGGGCAGGGUGAUGCGGAGCCGAGGUGUCCCGCCUCCCGCGGCGCUGCCCAGCCAGGCGCCCCCCCACCAGGCCGCGGCCCCCUACCGUAAGCACAAGCAGCGGUCCAAGGAGAGCCAGGGCUACAGGGCCGCGGGCGCCCUGGCUCCGGGGCCGGUGGUGGAGAAGGAGCAGGUGAGGGACCUGCCCAGUGUGCUGCUGUACGACGGGGGGCUGGCACAAAUGGUGCAGCGGCAUGAGCACCACCACCACCACGAACACCAUCACCACUACCACCACUUCUACCAGUCCUGAAUCUCCGCCCUGCCCGGGACAGCUCGGCUCUUCUAACGUCCCACAGAACCCGACCAAACAGACGCCGACCUUGAAGCUUGAAGCAACCUGAAGCUUCACUUCAUCGUGCCUUCGCAGUGGAGGCGGGGCACGGGCGGGAGAGGAGCAUCAUGGGAGGAGGCUGGGAGGUUAUUAAUCCGUGUUAUAAAGAGGUUGCUGGAACAUCAAAGGAGCUCGGGUAUGCAGCAGGACAGUGAUUUAGGACCACAGUGGGACUGAGGAUGGCUGCCGGAGCCACGCGAGGAGGCGCAGAGGGACAAUUUGAUCUUCAGUCCUCCUCCAGUGAGCUCUAACCAGCACCAUGACCCUUCCAGACCCAAAAGGUUUUAAGGAAAAAGGACAGAUGACACGAAGAGAGACUGUGAUUAAAAUAUAUGAAAGAAUACAGGUGAUGGGAGAGCGCGGCACAUUGUGUGUGUGUGUGUGUGUGUGUGUGUGUGUGUGUGUGUGUGUGUGUGUGUGUGUGUGUGUGUGUGUGUGUGUGUGUGUGUGUGUGUGUGUGUGUGUGUGUGCAAAGAAUGUGUGUGAGUGUCACGACACUGGUGUCUGUUGAAAACCACUUGAAGUGCGCUCAUGCGUGUGUGUGUGUGAGUAUUUAAAGCAGACUGUCUGGCAGGUUUUUGAAGAUGAAAAUGAAGAUUCUGAUUCAAGCAUGCAACGCCACGUAAGCAAAAAAGGGGAAGGACAAAUGUUGAAAUGUUAUAAAGGAAAAAAGAACAGAGAUCCCAAAUCCGCUGCUACCUCUAAUGUUCUCCUAAUUGUUAAUGAUGGUGAUGUAAUGGCGACUAAACAUCUGGAGGUUAUUUUCAAAUUGUGUCAUAAUCGUGUGUGUCUAAAGGCUCCUUAUUUCCAUCGACUAACCCUGACUGUACAUACGGUAUAUAUUGGUAUCAAUUGUAUAAGCUUUAUUGAUAAUGUGAUAUCUUUGUUUUGACCAUUCAAAGCUUUUAUGGACGUUUUCCUUAUCAAUCGCAUUUUAUAAGACUAAUUGGAGCCCCGUUUUGAGUACAAAAUGUUCAGUCGCACUCUCCCUCUUUCUACAUUCUCACCUUGUGAUUUGAUUCUUUAGUGUGAUCUGGUACUAAAAUCCCUCCUGAUAUUGUCUCCACAUAUACGACCCUCGUGCUGCUCAGGCAGUGUAUGAAGUGCCCGCUGACUUGGAGUCUGAACAGUUCUUAAGGAAAUGUAUGCAUAUUUGCUUAAUUGGUUCAUUUUGCUUAAAACAGUUGGAGGCGUAUUCAUUCAUCCGUGUGAAGUUUGGCCUUUAUGUCUUUUAUUUUUGCAGGGAAAUAUUUUAAUGAGCAUGCAUGACACCCCCCUCCCCCGUUUUUUUUUUUUCUCGACCGCCGUUUCCUGACUUUCACCAAGCACUCACCCUGACUCGUAGUGCCAGGGGGUCACGCGGCUGCUCCCUCGGUUUCCAUGGCAUCCUCCCGUCCCUCAGCUGUCGGCAGGUCUUUCACCGUGCCGCCAUGUGGCCUCCGCGCUCAGCCAACACGGCUGCGUUUGUGUCUCCGUCAGCUGUCUCAUUCCUCUGGCGACGGAUGGCGCUGAGCCCGGCCACCAGUCUCCACUGGACCCAUAACUCACCCCGGUCGCUCCCCAGACAGCACCGGGGGCUGUCUGCUCCACCCGGGGAUGCUCUUUUGGGGGCUGCCAUUUAAAAAAAAAAAUAAAAUGCAGAUGUGAUAUUGCAGCGGAGAGCUGAUAAUGUCAGCGAGUCAAGCAAUUUAAUUCAGAGGGCUUAACAAUCUGUACACAUUGGUACAAGAACCUUAGUGAGAGCGACAGACGAGAAGCGCAAAGGAUGUCAUGAGAAGGAAAAACCUAAAAGAUCCCCAAUCCGUUCGAUGCGUAUGACACAAAUGAUUCCUUUGUUGGAAGUAGGAAGUGGAAUAAACAUAAUAUAAUACCAGCAGCAACUGUAGAGCAACAAGCAGUGAUGGUGCCACCUUGUUGCUUCUCCAGCUCGGCAGUUAAGUUUCCUCACUCUUAGAGCACGUGCGCAUGUGUAGAACCGACCUGCUCUCGUGCCCCAGUGGUCUUUAGUUAAAGGCGACCUCAUCCAUACAGACGCAAUUAGAUAAUGAUGGAUUAUGUUAACCAGGCCCCAAAGCCCCCCCAGCCUUCGACGUUAGAUCCAGUCUAGAGGUUUGUGCACGUGCCUCGGAGGGUGUGCACGCGUGUUUUGCGAGGGGCAGGAAUGCAGUGAACGCUGCUCCGGGCCCUGUCGUCCCGUCACAGCUGCAGGCCGUCCCUUUUUUUUUUUUUAACGGAGGCACCAGCCAGUCGGGUCCUCCCAUGGGACCCCCCCCGCCCCCCUCAUCCCCCCUAAGAAUCCCAGCUGUGCUCCAUGCCUCAGCUUCCUCACCUCCCACUGCUUUUCCCCAAAAACGUGCAACUGGAACUCCCUUUGGUCACUGGUGCCCCCCCGGUCUGAGACUGGGUCGGGGCCAGCGUGACUUGAGUGUAAGGGUGGGGGGGGGGGUUGGUCGGCUGGCUGGCUGGGUGGUCCGAUUCGAUUGAGCGUGGGCUCCCGAAGGAAUUUGGUUAGGUUGCACAUUUUUUAAACUUUUUUUCCCCCGGGGAGAGUUUUUACUGAACAGACGCAGCUCCUUUCUUUAAACGCCUCCCAUCACAUUCACACAAUUGCGUGACCUCGGGUCAGAGAGCGGGCCACUACGACCCCCCCCCCCGCAGUCUUCAGAGCAGUGUUGGGGGAGGGUCCUCUCUGCUUUGUCACACAAACUCUAGAAAUUACAUUUGAAACCUUUUUAACAUUUCUGCAACCUCCUGUCAAGGUCCCUCAUUUGUGUCUUCCCAUAUAAAUGUGUCUGUUUGGAAUCUCAUUAAUGAUUUUAAUGUGUUCAGUCACCAGCUAUCUAAAUCCACCUGAAUGUUUUUUUUGUUUUUUGUCAGUGCCUUUCUUUGUAGCAAAUGUUUUUAAAAAGAGUCACACAAACCUCUUCAUCCGCCAUCCUCUGUCCUGUUGUAUAAAGUCGUCAGUAUUGUUAUUAUAAUGUGUAUCGCGCCACUAACUUGCUCUUUAACAUCAUGUACCAACAUUCUUUUUUUAAACUGAUGUAUAUAUUGGACUUCAGAAAUGAUAAACCAGCAUCCUGUAGAAAGAAAAUGAGGCUUAUUUAUGAUUAAAAAACCCUGUUAAGCUCCUUAACUUGCCUUCUGUCUGCUAGUACUCCAUCAGCCCCACCGAGCAGGGAGGAGCAGUUCCCUCCACACAGGCACACUUCCACUUGGUGUUGUAAAAGAAAGUUGUUUAGCACUAGCUGUUUCUCUCCCCUCCCGCCCCUCUAGUUUAUAUAGAUUGUAUUUGAUUCAUUGCUUUAUUUAUUUGAUAGCAGAUCUGUGCCAAGGGGAAAAAACUAAAAAACUUUUAUUAAAGUAUGAACCUGUUCCUUAUAAACUCA